AUUUGCAUGAAAACUAGUCUUCUGACAUUGAAUGACAACAAGACAACAAAAAUCCCAACUGUUGACCAAUCACAGAAAAACGUCUAACCUCAAGAAAAAAUGUUUGCUUGAAUAGCCGGGAAAAAAAUCUGACGGUACGGUGUUGAACACCAAAACGUACAAAAACGUCACAAAAUGUUGUCAUAAUAUAUGCGUGGAUUGUUUCGACUGGGAAGCAUAUGGUAAACUUUAGGUAAAGUUUGUUUGCUCAAACCUGUGUCCAGCAGCCAUUGCAAUGGUCAGCUGCCACCCAGUGGUAUAUUUCUGGUAGUGUCAGUGCCCCCUGGUGAUUUAGUAUUGACAUGAAAUACUGUGAGGGAGAGCAGAAAAGCCCCUCAACUCUGGAGUAGAUCCAGAACAAACCCGACCCUUAAAAGCAAAAGAAUGAAGAGAGAAUGGGGGAGGAGACAGGAAAGGAGGAGCACAGAGAAUAAAAGAGGAGUCAUUUUGUAAGCAGUGCAUUCACCCUGAGGUAACUUACUCAGAGAGAACAGGAUGGAGCUGCCACCUCGACCAAAACUCUUUGACUUCCAUGGAGUCUCCAUGACCAACUACUUCACUGACAACUGGGACAAUGUACAGAACUUCCAGGCCAGACCAGAUGACAUUCUCAUCGCUACCUACCCCAAAGCAGGAACCACAUGGGUCUCCUACAUUCUAGACCUGCUGUAUUUUGUCCAGACAGCCCCUGAGCGUCAGAGACCCAUCUUUGAGAAAGUUCCUUUUCUGGAGUUGCUCAUUCCUCUUUACCCUCCAGGAGUGGAGGUGCUGGACAACUUAACCACCUCUCCUCGCCUCAUCAAGACUCACCUCCCAGUCCAGUUGCUGCCCAAGUCCUUCUGGGAGCAGAACUGCAGGAUAGUGUAUGUGGCCCGUAAUGCCAAGGACAAUGCAGUGUCUUAUUUCCACUUUGACCGUAUGAACCAGGCCGAGCCAGAGCCAGGAGACUGGAACAACUACUUACAGAGAUUCAUGGAUGGAAAGAUGGUGUUUGGUUCGUGGUACGACCAUGUGACUGGCUGGUGGGAGAAGAAACAGACUCACUCCAAAAUCCUCUACCUCUUCUAUGAGGACAUGGUUGAGGAUACAGGGAGAGAGCUGGACAGGCUGUGCUCCUUCCUGGGUUUGUCUCCUUCAGCAGAGGAGAAAGAGAUGGUGAAAGGAGGAGUGCAGUUUGAUAUAAUGAAGAAGAACAGCAUGGCCAACUACUCCACCAACCCAGUCAUGGACUUUAAGAUAUCCCCCUUUAUGCGCAAAGGAAAGGUUGGUGACUGGAAGAACCAUUUCACUGUGGCCCAGAGUGAACAGUUUGAUGAAGACUAUAAGAAGAAGAUGGAAAACACUCAGCUGCGGUUUCGCACAACAAUUUAGGACUGUCUUCAUUAUCUAAACCACUCUGCAGGUCUUAAGAACGUGACUGCAUGUAAAAAUGUAAUAACACAUAAUACUGUAAGUAUGAGCAGCAAAGACAUACUGUCUAACUACUGUAAAUAAACAACACCUGAUUUCAAUGUU